GACUCGAAGAUUACAAAUGAAUUACAAGAUUCAUAACCAUAAGGAGUAAUGGAUAAUUACCUUUAGAUUUGGUUUUACUCAAAUAAGCUAAAACAAUAGGGUCAACAAUACUAUUUUUGAAUUCACUACAUUAAAAAUGUCAGGGAGUAGUGAUUCAGAAGAGUUUUACGAUGCCGAAGAUCUUACACCUUCCAAAACUUUAAGAAGAGCCAAGGGAAGCACCAGUAGCAGUGUGCUUGGUAAUUCAAAGAGUGAAUUAGAUCUUCGGGUAUCGUUCAGAGAUGAAGUGGAACAGGAUAAGUUGCCGUCUCCGACAAAGCAGACUCAGUCGAGUAGCGAUCCUGUGGGGUUGGAGAGGCUCCACCAAGGCAGAAGGAGGUUCCGAGAACUGCGACAGCGUAUGCAGACAGAUGACGAGGAGGGAGGGGGUAAUACUUCACCCGCAGACAGCCAGACAUCGUCUGUGGAGGGAGUGUUUGCAGGUCCGGACACGAGCAAAGCCAGCCAUCCUUUCCGCAUCAUAGAACACGACGCUCUCAGUCUACAGAGUAUGACUUCGCUUGGUAGAGUCGGACGGCUGCUCAGCGGCACCAUGCCUGACCCAAACAUGCCCACUCUGACUGCCAGUUCCUCGCCUAGUGGGUCAACCACCACUCUGCGUAGCCAGGGAGAGGGUUCAGAACCUCCCCCGUCUCACCCCACUACACCCCCACCUACAGCCCCUGUACUGGCUGAGCCUGAUGUCAUAGCCAGCACCAAGCCCCCGCCUACACACGUGACUACAGCUCCAGCAGACACCGGCCCCGUUGCCCCACCUAGACGCAAAAAGAAGAGCAAGCCUCCUGCCCCACCUACGGACCUUCCCAUAGUCUCUGACUCCAUUCCAAUACCCUCUAAGAAGGUGACAGACGAGGUUGGCAGCAGUGGUCAGUUGUUCAGUCAGUCUCUCCCCAGUCCUGCCACUACGAUAGAGUCUCUCACCCGUGAGUUUGAACACUCUUUGGACAUACACUCUGCCAUACAGGGACAAUAUGUGGUGAAACCUCAGGACGAAGCUAUGUCCAAGGCUGGGGCUAUAUGCGAGGGAGACAGAUGGAAGAUAGAGCAGAAGACAAAGCUUGAGUCUCGCAGUUCUGCGGGUCGCAACUCUAGCACGUAUCCUCUGGGUUCCUUGAAAUCGCCCCGAAGAACUAAUACUAGAGAGCGUCGUCGUUCAGCAGGUGAUGAGCACGGGCUGGCGCAGCAACUCAACAUGUUUGUCCGAACACGCACUGACUCCGGCAAACAGCUUAGUGACGCGAAACAGAUCUCUCUCGACGAGACUUCCCCCACCACUCGCUCCGCCAUUAAAACUCUACGGCGAUGUGCGAGUAGCGCAGAUCUAGUCCCCGUAAACUGCGUGGUCACGCGAAGGCGCUCUCGUAACGACCAAUGGGAGAUACUAGAGCAGGUGACAGUGCUGAACCUAGACACUGGAGAGAGAGUGCCACUGAGCAUUGCUGAGGACAAGCUGCCUCAAUGUAUCAACCCACUGUCACUACACAUCAUGAGGCUCACAUCAGAGUACGUCAGCAGCACCAGUCUAGACAAGGAGAAGGAGAGUGAUGAGGAGAGUGUGGACAGCAAGAAGAGCUGUACAGUGGCGGAGGAACCUGGCAGGAUGAGAAGGAAGACAGCACAGCUGAAGAGGCUGAUUGGCUCCACAGUGAUGAAGACAGUCCACAAAGCCAACACGAUUGCACACAAAGUGUCGCGACACAGAGAUGACGGAUUGGAAGUGGUGGACGAGAUGUGUGUGUCAGGAGAGCAAUACAUCAAGCUCAAGGCUUCCAACAGCCACAAGGGACCUUACGAGUUUGACUGUCUACAACACGUACAGGACUUGGAGCACGUGGGUCCAGUGUGGUGUAUGAAGUUCUCCCAGUGUGGACGACUGCUGGCCACUGCAGGACAGGACAAAGUGCUGCGGAUAUGGGUCGUCCGAGAUGCUUACACCUACUUUCAGGAUAUGAGGACCAAGUACAAUGCUGAGAAGGUGUCUCCCACUCCUUCGCAAGAGUCUCUAGUCUCACAACAUUCAGCCGAGGACCCCAACCUUCUGAACGAGCUGGCCAAUGAGAAAGCCCCGUUCAUGCCCCGUCCAUUCUGCACAUACACUGGCCAUACAUCCGACCUUCUGGAUGUAUCCUGGUCAAAGAACUACUUUGUGUUGUCGUCUUCAAUGGACAAGACAGUGAGGCUGUGGCACAUAUCUCGCAAGGAGUGUCUCUGUUGCUUCCAACACAUAGAGUUUGUGACGGCCAUUGCCUUUCACCCGCGCGAUGACCGUUACUUCCUCAGUGGCUCACUGGACGGCAAACUGCGGCUGUGGAACAUCCCCGACAAGAAGGUGGCCGUGUGGAACGAAAUAGAGGGCCAGACCAAGCUCAUCACUGCAGCUAACUUCUGCCAGAAUGGAAAGUUUGCAGUGGUAGGCUCGUAUGACGGCAGAUGCAUUUUCUACAACACAGACCAACUCAAGUACCACACACAGAUACACGUAAGGUCCACCAGAGGCAAGAACUCUACGGGACGAAAGAUUAGUGGCAUAGAACCCAUGCCUGGCGAGGAUAAAAUACUGGUAACAUCGAAUGACAGCCGCAUCAGACUCUACGACCUGCGAGAUCUCAACGUCUCAUGCAAAUACAAGGGAUACGCCAACUUCAGCUCUCAGAUCAAGGCUUCGUUCAGCCACGAUGGGAAGUACAUCAUCAGUGGGUCAGAGAACCAAUGCAUCUACAUCUGGAAAACACACCACGACUACUCCAAGUUCUCCUCUGUGCGGCGCGAUCGCAAUGACUUCUGGGAGGGAAUCAAGGUACACAAUGCUGUAGUCACCUGUGCAGUGUUUGCCCCCAACCCUGAUGUCAUCAUACGUCAGCUGGAGGGCCCAGAGGCACAAGGAUAUGUGCUCGUCAGUGCAGACUUCAACGGCAGCAUCAAAGUGUUCCUCAACAAGACCCGGCCUAAGCACAGUUCACUGCCAGCCUCAGCGCUUGCAUAGCAGUCACUUGUCUCAGACCCACUACCAUUAGAUCAGUCAUAAAAAUUAUUUACCGUAGCUUUAUAUUUCUUUUUUAUAGUUUGAUCGCUUUCUUGUUACCGUUAGAUUUGGAAAGUUGAUUCAGGUGAGAUGAUAGAUUAAGCCAUUCCAGUUUGGUAGAUUUUUGGUAAAACCAUACAGUUUGUUGAUGCAAUUGUAUAUAUACAUACUGCUUAGUGGUUGCGCUUUAUUCACUUUUUUUUUAUUCGUGAUUAUUAUCGUAAAUAUAUAAAUAUACCGUAAAGAUGUGUGAGGAUAUAAAAGCAGCUCAUGCCAAAGUAAACUAUAGUAUCCUUAAAAUUCAACUAUCUUUUUCUGUUGCAGUAUUAUUUUUUAUAACAGUUUAAAAUAAUACCAAUUGUAUACCGCUGUAUACUUGUUAUACCAAUUGUAUACUUUAUUAUUAGCUAAAUAAUAAAGAUGUCGACUCAACUAGGUGCCACACAUUCCUCUUGAAUGGGAGUCAAAUUAAAAAUGUAUAUGUUUUUAGAUAUUUUGAUGGUGAAUCUUCAAAAGUCAAAGGAUCUUUU